CACCUCCUGCAGCCUGUAAUACCUGACAGGACUCUCUGUGGAGCUCUGUGCAGAGGUGUCUGUUUUGAGAACAGAGCCGAAGGGAGAGGGUGGUGUGGAACCAUGCACAUUGUCCUAGAACUUCUCCUGCUGGUAGGCAUCAUCAUCUACUCCUACUUGGAGUCACUGGUAAAGUUUUUCAUUCCCCGGAGAAGAAAAUCUGUGGCCGGACAGACUGUUCUCAUCACUGGGGCUGGACACGGAAUAGGCAGACUGACUGCGUAUGAAUUUGCAAAGCGGAAAAGCAGAUUGGUCCUGUGGGAUAUCAAUAAGCGCGGUGUUGAAGAAACUGCAGCUGAAUGCCGGAAACUGGGGGCCAUUGUGCACGUGUUUGUGGUGGACUGCAGCAACCGGAUGGAGAUUUACAACUCUGUGGAUCAGGUAAAGAAAGAAGUGGGUGAUGUAGAAAUCGUGGUAAACAAUGCCGGGGCGAUAUAUCCAGCUGACCUUCUUAGCACCAAGGAUGAGGAGAUCACCAGAACCUUUGAGGUCAACAUCCUAGGACAUUUUUGGAUUAUAAAAGCACUUCUUCCAUCGAUGCUAAGAAGAAACUCUGGCCACAUUGUCACAGUGGCCUCAGUAUGUGGCCACGGAGUGAUUCCUUAUCUCAUCCCAUAUUGCUCAAGCAAGUUUGCUGCUGUUGGCUUCCACAGAGCACUGACUGCAGAACUUGAAACCUUGGGGAAAACUGGUAUUAAAACUUCAUGUCUGUGCCCUGUGUUCGUAAAUACUGGCUUCACCAAAAACCCAAGCACAAGGCUGUGGCCUGUAUUAGAGACAAGUGAAGUCGCAAGAAGCCUGAUAGACGGAAUCCUUACCAACAAGAAGAUGAUCUUCGUGCCAUCCUAUAUCAGUAUUUCUCUAGUACUGGAAAAGUUUCUUCCUGAACGUGCCUUAAAAGCUAUAAGUCGUAUACAGAAUAUUCAAUUUGAAGCAAUUGUGGGCCACAAAACCAAAAUGAAGUAACAUCUGCAGAGUUGUGCAUCCGCCAAUGACACGAACCUAGGUUUAGAGUCGAUAUGUUAAAGCUUUCUUUCACGUGUUUAAAGUGCUACUGGUGUGCAAAAUGUGGUUUCGGCACUAGCACCCAUCUAAUGAACAAGACUGAUUAGCUGACCAAGGUCUUCUGGGCUUGUAGAGAUCUCAGCCUGUAGUAUUUGGUAAUGGCAACAGGAAUAUGGCAAGAUAAUAUCUAUUAAACAAAGAAGUAGAAAGAUAAUCAGUGUGGGUUUUAUAAAAUAAAUUAUUGCUAGAUAUUGAAAUGUAGACCAAGGGGUAAGAUAAUCUUGGGCAAAUGCUGACAAGUUGUAGUACUUUCUACAUUGAUGGAGGGGUUCUCAGUCUGCUCUUUGUGGACAGGAUGGAAACUUUGUUGCCUUGCCAUAUGAAUUAGAAAGAAGGAUUUUUAUUUUGUUUUGUUUCACGAUUUUUCUUAGUGUACAGUGUUUUUUUUUUACAGCAUGUGAGUGAAUAAUGAAGCAAUUUUAUUUGCCUAACUUGGUGAAGCAAAUAUUUGUACAGACUUGCAAUUGUGAAACCUCAACACCUUGUUCUUUACUUUAGAAAGACCUUGAACACACUUGUUUUUCUUUUUACUCUAUUAGGCAAUCACUAAAAAAUAUUCAACUGUACACGUAUUAACAGCAAUACAAUCUCCCCCAAAUAAAUCCCAUUAUAAAGUGCAAAA